AUGGAAGACAAGACACACAAAGCGCACAACAAGAAGAAGGGAGGAAAGAAGGAAGCAAAGGCCGAGAAUAAAUUCACAAACUCAAAAAAGUCUAGCAACCCAAGGGCAUUCACUUUCCAAAGCGCCGGAAGAGCAGAAAAGACAGCCAGACGUAAUAAUGACAAUGACCAAAAGAAACUCCAUGUUCCAAUGGUCGAUCGCACACCAAUCGAGUCACCUCCCGUUGUGAUUGCAGUAGUCGGUCCACCCAACAGUGGCAAGUCAACCUUGAUUCGAUCGCUUGUGAAACGCUAUACAAAGCACAACUUGGCUGAAAUAAAAGGUCCUAUUACGGUUGUCAGUGGAAAAAAGAGACGUUUGACAUUUAUGGAGUGCGCCAACGAUAUGAACUCAAUGAUCGACGUUGCCAAGAUUGCUGAUUUGGUACUUUUGACAAUUGAUGCCAGUUUUGGAUUUGAAAUGGAAACCUUUGAAUUCCUCAACAUUCUUCAAUCCCAUGGAUUCCCCAAAGUCAUGGGUGUCCUUACCCACCUUGACAAAUUCCGUAACAACAAGGCCCUUCGUCUCACCAAAAAGAAGCUCAAGCAUCGUUUCUGGACCGAGAUUUACGAAGGUGCAAAGCUGUUCUAUCUGUCGGGUAUCAUCAAUGGAAAAUAUCCCAACAUGGAAAUCCAGAACUUGUCCCGCUUCAUCUCAGUCAUGAAGUUCCGCCCUCUCCUGUGGCGCAACACCCAUCCUUACGUCGUCGCAGAUCGUGUCGAAGACUUGACUGAUCCAGAACUCAUCCACAGAAAACCCAAUUGCGACAGAACAGUAACCUUGUACGGAUAUUUGCGUGGAACAAAUCUCAAGCCUAAUAUGCGAGUCCAUAUUCCCGGUGCAGGUGAUCACGUAUUGGCAGAUGUGUCGGUCUUGCCUGAUCCCUGUCCUUUACCAGACAAGGAACGCAAGCGCUUGGAUGAAAAGUACAAGCUGAUCUACGCACCGAUGUCCGAUGUCGGCGGUGUGAUGUACGACAAGGAUGCUGUGUACAUUAAUGUUCCCGGUCAUUUUACAAAGAAGUCUGCAUACGCACCAGCCGAGGAGCAGAACGGCCAGGAACAGGAGAAUGAGGAGGAGGAGGAGCUUCCCUAUGGCCAGGGUGAGAAGAUGGUUAUGGAUCUUCAAGAUGCCUCUGAUACCUUUGCCGAUCAGUUGGCAGAUUCGGAAUUGCGCAUCUUUUCCAACUCUGCACCAGUCAGAGCUGGUGACAUCACUGAACAAGUCCAAGACGAUGACGAAGAUGAUGAAAAGAUUAGCAUUAGUGAAUCUGUAGAACAAGAUGAUCAGGGUAGAACCAGACGCAGGGCCGUCUUUGGUGACGCUGAUCCCGAAUUCGAUGAAGAUGAUGAGGAUGACGAAGACGAAGACGAGAUGAUGGAAAGCGGCGAAGAGUCAGACGCAGAUGUACCUCAGCGUGGCACCGCACUUUCCAAGUUCGACACUCGCAACAUCCGCAAAAAGGGUGAAAAGGAAGACAAGGAAGACGCAGAAGCCGAAGACAUUCAAUUUGCUGACAGUGACAGUGAGUUUGGUCUUUCUGACGAUGAGGAAAUGAUCAAUGUCGAUGGUCGUCUUCGUCGCCAGACCGAUUCUGAUGAUGAUGAAGAUGAAGAUUUGGCUGGUGAAUUACGCUGGAAGGCUGAUCUCAAACAAAAGGCCACCAGUCUUUUCCACAACCAUCGUCGCGUGAACCUCAUGUCGCUCAUCUACAACAAGCCCGAGUUGUCUCCUGAAGAUAUUGCCUCUGGAAACUACAACGAGAAAGAGGAAUCUGACGAGUCUGAAAACGAAGAGGAGGAAGAGUUCUUCAAGCUCAAGUACGAAAACAACGACAAGGCCGUCGAAAUCAUUGAUAGUUCUCGCCAGCAACCCGAUGUAGAUAAUCUGGAGGUGUGGGAAGAUGAAGAUACGCUGGACUCCAUUCGCAACCGAUUCAUCACAGGUGAAACUGGUGAGGAUGGUGAUGAAAAACUCGAAGGCGAAGAAGAAGAGGUGUUUGGUGACUUUGAAGAUCUCGAGGACGAGGAUGCCAAUGGUAGUUCCAAGCAGGCAGAAGAGGAAGAAAAAGAGCAGGAUCCUGUCGAAGCCGAGCGUGAGAGAAUCGCCAAGCGAAAGGAACAGCUGAAGAAGAAGUUCAACGAAGAAUUCGAGGAUGAGGAUGAAGGGCCAAAGAUGGACUUUUAUGAGACCAAGAAGGCCGAAAUCGAAAAGCAGCUGAUCAUGAACCGUGCUGAAUUCGAGAAUGACGAUUCCAACACUCGUGCUCUAGUUGAAGGUUACAGACCCGGAAGCUACGUGCGUCUUUUGAUCAAGGAGAUGCCUGCAGAGUUUAUCCAAAACUUUGAUCCUACUUACCCCGUUCUUGUUGGUGGUCUUUUGACAUCUGAAGAUCAGUUUGGUUUGGUACAAGUUCGUAUUAAGCGUCACAGAUGGCACAGAAAGAUUCUCAAGACCAACGAUCCUCUUAUCUUCUCGAUGGGCUGGAGACGAUUCCAGAGUAUCCCGAUUUACUCGCUUGAUGAUGGUACCCGGAAUCGUAUGUUGAAGUACACUCCUGAGCAUAUGCAUUGUCUUGCUACAUUCUAUGGUCCUGUUCAUAUCCCCAAUACCGGUUUCUGUGCUGUCCAGUCAGUAGCAGACAACAAAACUUCAUCUUUCCGGAUAUGCGCUACAGGUGUUGUAGUAGACAUUGCACAAGCAUCCGAGAUUGUCAAGAAGCUUAAAUUGACCGGUACACCAUACAAGGUGUUUAAGAACACUGCCUUUAUCAAGGACAUGUUUACUUCUUCGCUCGAAGUUGCCAAGUUUGAAGGUGCCAGUAUCAGAACUGUAUCUGGUAUUCGUGGUCAAGUAAAGAAGGCUCUUCCCAAGCCUGAAGGACACUUCCGUGCUACCUUUGAAGACAGAAUUCUUAUGAGUGACAUUGUAUUCUUAAGAGCAUGGUAUCCUAUUAAGCCUCGCAAAUUCUAUAACCCUGUCACAUCAUUGCUCUUGUCAACAAAGUCGGACUGGAAGGGUAUGCGCCUGACAGGCCAAGUUAGACGUGAACAAGAUUUGAGAGCACCACAAAACGUGGACUCUGUUUACAAGCCAAUCGAGCGUAAGGAGCGUCGAUUCAACACUCUCAAGGUUCCAAAGAGCCUUCAGUCAGAGCUUCCAUUUGCUGCAAAACCUAAGCAAGCCAAGCCACAAAGCAAACCAACUUAUUUAGCUAAGAGAGCAGUUGUGAUGGAGCCAGAGGAAAAGAAGAUCUAUACUUUGAUGCAGCAGCUUAAUACUCUGAGGAAUGAGAAGUCUCGUAAGCGUAAGAUAAAGGAUACCGAGAGACGAGAGGUCAACGAGAAGAAGAAGGCAAAGGUUGAGGAGAAGACAGCAGAGAUGGAUAAGGAACGAAGAAAGGAUUACUUUAGAAAGGAAUCAAAGCGGGAGAUUGCCAUGAGCAAGUCUUCAAAGUUCUCAAAGAAGAAGUAA